AUGAGCAGUUUUAUAUUUAAAAACAGCAGCGAGUGCGCUUCUGUUGCAAGAGGGGCCGGGCGACCUGGACGGCAGGGAAUCUCGCCGUCCGUCGAGGUUUCCGAGACGUUGUUCCUCGUGGUUGGCUUCGGCGCGUUCUCGGCGGUCGUCGCCAUUCUGUUUGUCUUCAUCCGGACCAAGGUCUACAAGGACAAGAAUACAUUGGACACGGCGUUUGACGCUGGCGGAAAGGUAAGCGUUGGACUGACGGCGACCACCAUCGUCUCCCAGUGGACGUGGGCGUCCGCUCUUCUGUACUCGCCCGUCACCGCUACUCAGUUCGGCAUCAGCGGCCCCUAUUGGUACGCGGCGGGCGCCACCAUCCAGAUCCUCCUGUUUUCAAUCGUCUCAGUGAAGCUGAAGACGCGGGCACCGGGCGCCAAGACGUUCCUCCAGGUGAUCAAGGCGCGCUUCGGGGCCGCAACCCACAAAGUGUUCGUCUUCUACGCCCUCCUCACUAACCUUAUUGUGAUCGUCAACUGCAUGCUCGGGGCGUCUACCAUCCUGUCGACGCUGACCAAGGACAUGUCGGUUGAGUACGCCGCUAUGCUGACCACGUUCGCCGUGGGGACGUACACACUGAUUGGGGGCCUGGGAGCCACGUUCUACGUUUCGUUCUUCAACACCGCCAUUAUCUGCGUCACUAUGCUCACCUUCGUCAUCAAGGUGUACGACUCUGGAGAAACCGGGACUGGGCCUCUCGGUUCGUCUGACUCGGUGUACAGUCUGUUGUCGUGUAUCCAGGGACCGGAAGGGAACGAGGACAAGAGCUACUUCACUCUCAAGUCCUCCGGGGGAUUUAUGUUCGGGCUAAUCACCAUUACCAGUUGUUUCAAUGCAUGUUUCGUGGAUCAGGCGUAUUGGCAAAGCUCGGUUGCGGCCAAGCCUCGACAGGGCGUAGUCGGGUUCCUGGCAGGCGGGCUCGUGUGGUUCUGUAUCCCUUUCGCCAUGGCAACCACUAUGGGUCUCGCUUACGUCGCCCUGAGCGUGCAGCAGGACCUACCGCUCCUCUCCGACCAGGACAUUGAUAAGGCCCUGGUGACGCCGGCCGUGGCAGCGAGCCUGUUCGGGAAGGCUGGGGAGCUUAUGGUGAUCGCCAUGGUGGUGAUGGCCGUCGUCUCCACCGGGUCAUCGGAGGUCAUUGCUAUCACAUCCAUCAUCAUAUACGACAUAUACAUGCUGUACCUUAAGCCGUUCCGGUUGAAUCAGGACGCGAACAGCUGUAUCCUGUGCGGGAAGAUGCGCGGCCGGAAGUCCACUAAGCUGGACAGGUGCGCUUGCGAGAGCAUGACCGUAUGCGCCACGUGUGCCUCCGACGACAGCCCCACAGGACUCAAGGUGAUGUACUUCAGCACACAGCUUCUGCAGGUAUCUUGCAUGGAGCACGGCGGAAGUCUGAAUGAUCUCUCUAUCUCUCGGGCGCUUGCUCGUCCUCUGGUCUCUGAUUGCAUGCGUCUCUUCACCUAG